CCUGUUCCUACAUUCUGGUCACACCGCAGCCGACGUCAUGUCUCGGCCAUCGGUCGAUGCUGACGACCCCGGCUCGGACACAGAGUCUGUACUCUCAUCGUCACAGGCCCCUUCUGCGACCACUCGAUCCCUGGCAGCUGGCGGCCUCAACUUCGCAAAUGCUUCAACGCUCAACCUGUCCGUCUUUGCUGGUAGCCCAGCCAACGCCAACACCAACGCCAAUGCAUCGACUUCAUCCUCGUCAUCCACAGCUGGUCUUCUUGGCGGCUUCAAUGCCCUCUCGACCGUACUGAACAGUCCUCACAAGCGGCAGCAUCCCAUCGACCCCAGCUCGAGUCGCUAUCCUCCCCUCCCAACGCAUAAGGACGCUGAAAUAAGGCGGCCAAAGAAGGAAAGCGUCAAGGCUUACAUCGAUGAGGUGUCGACUGAGUGGGACAGAUACACCAAGAGCAAAAGUCUCGGUGCCAAAGGGAGCGCAAAGACCAGGCUGUCGCAGCAGCAGGAAGGCAGCGACGAUGCAGCUUCGUCCUCGACGGCUACGACCGCCGUUGCCAAGGGCAAGCUCCCACCGCUCAGUGCCGUGCCGCAGGUUUUCUUCGAAGAAGACUUCAACCUCGGCAACCCAUACACCUUCGACAUAGUCACGGAGCGGUACGGGGCCGUCAAUGCGUCCGGCUCCAACAGCGCCGAGCCUGCGAUAUCAGACACAGUCGCACCUCAAGCCAAUUCUGGCCCAACGCCAAACUCAAAUGCUCACCUCGACAAGCUCAGCCAUUACUCUGACAUAGUUGAGCAGCAUCUUCUGCAUGAGAUUUCACUCCGUUCCUCCUCCUUCUUCUCCGCCCUGGGCACAUUGCAAGACCUCUCCCAGUCCUCGAGCUCAUGCCUCUCCGUCAUCCACUCGCUGCGCAGCGAACUCAUAGCCGUGGAAGAGUCGCACGUGAAGACAGGGCUGAGGGCAGUGCGCAAGCAGGAUGAGAGGAGGGUAUUGCUGAGACGGAUAAGGGGUGUGGAGAGGAUACAGAGGUGGUGUGAGGCGAAGAGGAUGGUCGAGUUGAUGGUCGGCCAGGGGGAGUAUGAGGAGGCGCUGCUUGUCAUUGAGGGCUUGAGGGACGAUCUGCAGCCAAGAGCAAGAGGCGAUCAAGACAGGACACUGUCACCGUUGCGAUCACCUUCGACAGGAGAAAGGUCCUUCCAAGCGCCCAAUGGCGGCGAACAUGAUGCGAACGGAGUCACGGAUGAGGAACAAGAGGAUAGCGGCGAAGAGGUUGACCUCUCGCAGAUCCCGGCGAUUGCCGCGCUCGUACCCGACCUCGACGAUUUGGAAGCCGCUAUCUCAGGCCAGCUGGAAGCAGAGCUCGUAGGCGUGCUGGGACAGGGUCUCGAGCAACCGCCAGAAACAUCCCCAACAUCAAGCGACGCGGAAUGGCCUCUGCAGGAUCGUGUCCGCCCCCUCGUCCACGGUCUUGUGCGUACCUCCGGCCUCGAGCAAGCGAUAACCUCUUCAUACCGCCCUCUUGCGCUCCUCUCCAUCCGGCAGUCCCUCAAGCGCGCCCUGCAGUCUGCUCCAGGUGGAGAGGACCCCGUACUGUCAUCCCUCUUCGAUCUGCUUGACGACGAUCUUGCCGCCUCGGGUAAGGGGGAGAGUAGGACGGGCGAGGCAGGCGCUUAUGCGGCCAAGAGGCUGAGGGAGAUGAGCACGGAGGAGUUCUCACCUCUUCUGUCGGCGGCUUGCGAAGGGAUGGAGGCCGCGGUUGGCAGGAUUGAAAAGCAGGAGCGAGGAGUACUAGGUCUUCUCGACCGGCUUGCCCGACAGGAGAAGAUUGGCCUGGAUGACACCCGUGAGGAGGCCUCGGCCUCGCAAUACCUGAUGCCCCCGACAGUCUCAUACGGCCUGCCAAAUAUCCUCGCCUCCCAACUCCACGCAAGCAUCGAAGUGGCACACAUCCUCAUUGCGCGCCUCGUCUCCCUUCGCGCAAUAGCGCACGCUCAGCUGUCCAUGCAAGAGUUUCUGGCCUUCUUCGAUCCGCUCAUGGCGUUCGUAGAAAGGACGGAGAGGAUGGAAAUCCGUCCUCGCUCGACCGAGGGCACAGCCACAGCCACAGGCAGCAGUAACAGUACAGUGGGCAUGCGUCGCUUGAUCCCACUACGCUCCACACUCCUCAACCAAAGCAAAGAUUGGCUGCGCGCCUUUCAUCGCGUGAGGCUGGAGAAAGCGGCACGAUGGGUGGAAGAGGAGACAUGGAGCCAGGCGGAAGUGCCGCUCAACUCAGUUGAGCUGGUGCGCAAGCUUGUGCAAUGCGCCAGCGAGGAUCCGGAGGGCUGGGGGCCGGAUGCGGCUCCAUCAGGAGAAGAGGAGAAAGCAGAAGGGCAGGCGAGAGAGAUGUCAAGCACUCUACCCAUCCCGUCAGAAGCGCCCUCUUCUGCCGGUGGCACUGCGGUCGAUGCUGGGGACAAGAAGUCCUUCUACGUUGUUCCGGCUACACUGCGCGUACUGGACCUCACAAGGGAGUACACGCAAGCCGUCAUCGGAAUGAGCCGCGUCACGGGGACGAUGGAGAUCAUGAGUCGCGAGGUUGAGUUCCUCAAGCAAUUCAACUCCCGCACCUGCCAAGUAGUACUCGGCGCAGGUGCCAUGCGCUCAGCCGGUCUCAAAAACAUCACUGCUAAGCACCUCGCCCUGGCCUCACAGUCCCUCUCGCUCUUCAUUCACUUGAUCCCGUACCUCAGGGAGUGUGUCCGCCGCCAUCUUCCCGACGAGCGCCAAGCCGUGAUGCUCGUGGAGUUCGACAAGCUCAAGCGCGAUUUCCAGGAACACAUGUUCGAGAUUCAUGCCAAGCUGGUCGCGAUUAUGGGAGAUAGAUUGGGGGUGCAUUGUCGCUCUCUUGCGGUGACGAAUUGGAAUGCGCCCCUCCCCGCAAAGGGCGACGAUGAGAAGGAAAGUGACAGUACUUCGCCAGCUGUUCAGCCAAAUAAGGCCAUCGUGGACCUGGUGAAAGAGACAAGCACUCUUCACAAAGUGCUGAGCAAGUACCUGGCGCCAAGCGUCGUCGAGGGAAUCACCGCGCAGGUCCUUUCGUCGAUCACGCAGCGUGUGGGAACGGAGUUUGCCAAGGUCGAGGUCACGCGUGAAGGCGGGGAGAGUGCGAUGAAGCGUAUGCAGGCGGACGUCGACUAUCUCGACGCAAGGCUGGGAAGUCUAAAAGGAAUGUCCGAGGGCGGAUGGGAUACGAAGGGCUUGAGGGCGGUCGUUAGCUCCAAAACCCCUCCCGCACCGCCAGCGCAGCAGCCGGCAAGCAAGUCUUCCACCGCUCCUGCUGCCGGGAAAGCUGCCCCACCACCCGCAGUGAAUACCAACAGCCCUGGUUCACCGGCGCCUUCAUCCCCCGUCGGCGGCGGAGCUGCUUCCUCUCCCCGCUCGGGUCCUGCAGCCUACCGAAGCAAAAUGUUCCCCUUCGGCCGUCGAGGCGCUUCUGCGAAUGCUCAGCAGCAGCAACAACAACAACAACAACAACAGCAACAGCAGGGUACCCCGCCCAGGUCUGCGGCCAGUCCUGCGGGCCAAGGGUCGCCGAUGUCACAGGCGCAAGCGCAAGGUGCUCGCCCGCCGAUGAGCGCAGCAAGCGGGGGCGUGGACGAGCUGGCCCCUCCUGCGAGGACGAGCAGUGCAAGUAGCUCUGGUCGCCCUUCAAUGGAAGCGGUUGCCCUGCCACCGUCAGUCGUCGAGGGCGAUGAGCCAUCCAAGUCGUCAGGAAGCCAAAAUGCAGCUCCUCCGACUGAGCCGCAAGAGGUCGCUGAGCAUACCAAAACGGUCGUCGAUGAGGAGGGCGGACCUGGGCUAGUGGCCGAUGGAGCUGCGAAGGGCUCUGUGGAAGCUCAAGGCCAGCAGGAAGCCCAGCCUUCCGAAGCCAUCGAGAGCAUCGCUCAGGAAGAUCAGCAGCAGCAGCAGCAGCAGCAGCAGCAGGCAGAGCUAGAUGUCAAGCCUACAGCUGAAGUCGCGGACGCAUCAGUGCCUCCAGCCGCAGCACCUUCACCGGCGCCCCAUCAGCCCUCCUCAUCUCGCGACCAAUCUCCCAACGGUCGUUCGUCUCCUGCGGAGGCCAACCACACAGGACCGCCGACCCCAACGACUCCAGCUCGUCCCUCAGCUGAGGCAUCCGCAGCCGUGGAGCCUGCAAUCUCUUCACCAGCUCCUACCCCACCAGCUUCGACAUCAGCUUCGGGCAGCGCCACUCCUACACGCCCGCCACGUCAAACCCUGCAACAACGUUUGGCAGAGGCGGCUAGGAAGAGAUCGGCCGCGGCUGCUGCUGCUGCCGGUGCGGCAACCACUAUGGUAGACACAGCGCGCCCGUCGACGCCGACUCAAGAUGAGAAAGAGGUCCCGCCGCCGCCUACGCCGGAAAAGGACAUGAGUGUCCGGGGUAGCUUGGAGAUUGUGGCGGCAGAUGACAAGCAGAUGGAGAAGCCUGAGGCUAUCGCAGGGCCUGCUACGCCUACUGAUGCGUCCGCGCAAGGAGCAGCGAAGGAAGAGCCGCAGACAGAUGCACAGGAGACUGAGGCUGUACCAUCUACAGAGGAGGAGACGGUACUGAAGCCGGCAUCAUCAAAGGCAGCAAACAACGACGAGGCGCCUGAGGCGCCUGAGACUGUGGCGUCAGUCGACGCCAUCGCUGCUCAAAAGGAGAGCGGCGCUUCGGUCCCCACUGAAGCAAUGCAGGAGAGUAGCGAGGCGAAGGAGGCUGUCGUGUCCGACAGUGCAGUUGUACAAGAAGCUGCUCCAGCUCCGUCGGCCGUACCGAGUGACCCGGCUCCGGCAGAAGCUGUCGACGCCGGCGUCGCUGCUGAUCCAGCUCCCGCGACUGCUGACACACCAUCUGCUGAGGCUACUCCCUCCGGCGCGACCACCCCCUCUAGGGGCGAUGAUGUUGCCUCUCAGCGCGGCGAUGAAGAUGCGGAUGGGGAUGACGACGAGGGCGAAGGGUCCGGCGACAAGACGGGCGAUGCAGAGGCGGGCGCGGCCCCAUCGAGUGGCGCUGGCGGAGGGUCGUCGAACAGCAAGAAGAACAAGAAGAAGAAGAACAAGAAGAAGGGCAAGAAGUGAAGCGUGGAUCUGUGAGCAGGGAAGGCUGUUGCAAAUAGAACUAUUGCAUUGCUUGGCUUUCCUCCUGCUGAAGCAAUGGAAGCAUUCUUCCAAGCACCCCUUCUCUAUCACGCCUCCCGAAAGUCCGUAUGCCCAGUCUCCAUGGCGUGCCGACUCGCCCCCUUCUCCCCCACCAAGGCACUCCCACACGUCCCGCACCUGAGAUCGAACGUCGCUGUGUCCGUAUGGUAAUGCCGCGCCUUCAAUUUCGCCACCAUCUCCUUUGCCGCAGCGUCCAGUGGCUGCUGCUCAUCCCGAGAGAAGAGCGUGCGGGC